UAUUGAGGCAGAAAUUUGAAAUACUGUGCAUACUUUUUUAUUCCAGUUAAUUAUGGGGUUCUAGCUAUGUCGGAUAAAAAAUUAUUAUUCAAAGCCAAAACUUCAUUUAUUCACACUCAGUUGAUUAAUGCUUUAAUUUAUUUUUUUUCAGGUUAGCCGAAAACUUAGCUUAAGAGAAGAUCUUAAAAAAUUACUUGAGGAGCACCAUCUGGAUGAAACGGAUGUCAUGAAACAACACAGCAUCCUUCUCAGGGAAGAAGAAAGUAAUGUUAAAAAAUGUAGAAGCAUUGAUUCAUCUAAUAUAAAACAAGAAGUGCAAGAUGAAUUAGAAGCACAAGAAGCAUUUCAAUUAAUUGAUACUUCAGGGAAUGAUUCAAAGCAUCAAGAAAGCCUGACCAGCUUAUCCUCUACCUAUAGCAGCCCAGCUGGGGUGUUGCAAAGUGACAAAAAUAAUGUUUCCUGUGUAGAGAAUGUAUCUAGAAAGACACUUGCUUCUGUUGAUUCUCUGCAACAUCAUGCCAUUAGUCAGAAUGCUUCAGAUGUUGAGUCUAAAUCUCAGACAUCAAAGAAAGCUUCCAAGGGAUCAAUUGCUGGUAGUUCGGGGAAAAAGGAAAACUUCCUGUGGAGAGAGUGUUCCUGUGAUGUCUACACUCUUGAAGGGCAUAAUGAUAUAGUUUUAGGAGUUGACUGCACCAACAGCUUUGUGUUGUCAGCUAGCCGAGACACAACUGUACGAGUUUGGCGAGUUGGCAACAUAAAGGAGGAAAGGAGUCUUCGUGGACAUACAGCAGCAGUUACUGUAGUUGCAUUUUUACCAGAAUCUCUAGCUGUGGCUAUUCUAGCAAAAUAUGAGAUAAAUAAGCCCCUAUCGUGUCCACCAUAUACCAAGAAGUUAAUUAAAGGGGAGUGUCUACGUUCCAUCUACACCUAUAAUGGCAUCACCUGCCUUGGGUGUGGAACAUGGGGAGUAGUGACUGGAACAGAAGGUGGCAAGCUUGAAAUAUGGUGUUUAGUCACUAGUCAUCGUCUUGCCUUUAUCAAUGCCUUUCAGAGUCAAACCACAGCUCUUGAUAUUGAGGGAGAUGAUAUAUAUGCUGGAAGUUCUGAUGGUGAGUUUGGUAUUUGGAGGUUUGAUGGAACCUGUGAAACACUUCAAGUUCUUUACAUAAUGGAAGCUGAGUCAUCUACCUAUGUUCCUCUGAAGCAUUUAGCAUCUGUGUUGGCACACAAUGAGAAGUGUUUAUUGGGAGACAGUGGCCCAAACAUCAAGGUUGUUGACUGGAAGAAGGGCCAUGUGUCACGUUUGGUGAACCACUUGGGAGACAUUGGCAUGACAGACAGUCUGGCAGUCUCUGCAGAUGGAUACCUUCUUGCUGCAUCCUACCUUGUUGAUUCCGGUUGCUCUUCCAUCAAUAGUAAGUAAAUUUAAGUGUAGUUG